GUCAAAGCUCCCCCAACAAACGACGGGAUCACGAGAUCUCGUCCCCGCGUCGAGAUCAUCGAAACUCAGCUGCACAGUUUCGACAAAUCAAUGAAGCAACCUGCCUGUGGACCCAACUGUUUAUUAUAAUGACCGCGCGUAAACAGUAAAAUAAUGGCUUCGUUUCUCUCGUACGUGCCGCUGGUCAACCGACUGGUGACUCCUCGCGAUGAGCCCACGACGAUUUCUCUGCCGCCCGUCGAGGUGCACGCCCUCGAGGGCAACAAAGACAGGAGGCCGCGCACGCUCAGGCACCUCCUCAGGGCAAACCACAUCAACCACUCCAUCCUCUAUCAUGACCUGCAAUUCGACAACCACUUGCCCCACAUCCUCUGCUCGGCCUACCAUCUCGGCGCCACCCCCGAGCAGCUCUACCACAUCUACGACGUCGAGUCCAAGACGCUCGAGCCAUGGACGGACUCGCCCGCACAGAUUGCCGAGGAUGAUUGGCGGGAUUUCCUCGGUGACAAGCGGUACCAGCGCGCCUACGUAGACUUCUUCGAAGACGCCCUCGCCAUGAAGCACGCCUACAACUGGAAGGAAUUGAUCGAGAAGUACAUGUUCAAGGGCGAUGAGCCCCUGGUCAACGGUCUCAUCGGCGGCCUCGGCCAUCCUCUAAUCCACCUCGGCUACGCCUACGAGUUCGACAGCCGAGAGAUCGCCACCGAGGCCCUCGGCUUGGCCGCGACUCAGUACAACUUCUUGCACAGAUACAUCGACGACCCUUCCUACACCCGCCCGGCCCCUUUCUCUUCCACAUCCCCGCUCGAGCUCCUCGACAGGCUCGCCUCGGACACCCGCUUCGACGGACUCUUCCGGGAGCCGGGCUAUGCCAACAUUGAGCCCCUCUUCCGCGAUCACGAGGACCUCUUGCUCGAGUACUGGAAUGCCUGGGACCUGCGCCCGUCCGGGUCCGGGUCGGCGGGCGGCGCGAACGCGGACCCGCUCGCCCUCUUCCGCGCGUCGCAAGAGGCCGCCGUCGCCCUCCUGGUCGCCACCGUCCGCCCGGGCACGCACGCCUACAACUUCUUCCUGGUGCACGUGCUGACCGCCAGCCACGCCGUGCGCAUCCUGCUGCCGGUGCUGCCGCCGCGCUUCCACGUCCCCGUCGUCCGCCAGUGGUGGCUGCUCGCCCUCGCCGUCUACGUCGCCGUCCUCCGGCCCCGCGUCGACCGGGACUACGUGCCGCGCGACCUCAAGGGCAAGAGCUGGCGGUACGUGGAGCAGCGCGCGCUCACCUCCGAGUGGGCCACGGAUGCCCAUUACGUCAAGGCUAUUCGGGCGAUGAGGGAGGCCGCGAGAACGUGGGGGGAUGUUCACGACAACUAUCUCGCUGCAGCCGUGUGGUUUUCCGAUGACUUUGAGGGUUGGGUGCAUUGAGCCCCUGGGGGCUGGACGGGAAGACGGAGACUGGCAGUUGGAAGCAAGACAAAACCAAGAAAGGGCUGGUUCCCAACUGCUCUGCUUGGAGAUUCAUGCUUCUUUCCCUGGCGAGAAUGCGCGGAACGAGCAACACCUCUCUCGAUUGUGUAUGUCUGCGACUUCUGCUAUUUUGGGUGUACGAGAUUGUAUGGAUGUACGAUGGUUUGGUCUACCAACAAGGCAAAAGCAAUGAUAUCUUUCCACCCCUGACUGGGAAUCUGGUGUGUCACCACGGUCUUAUCUCACACAUGUACACUUUGCUGCAAGUCUUGCUCCUAUAUUGACAGGAUAGUUUCUGGGUGCUCCCGGCGAUCAGCCGACACCCGGCUUCCUACCGCUGAGGAAGGUUGUUGGUUGGAGGCCAUACGUUGGAUUUGAGGCUAUGUCAUCAUGACAGCGUGAAAGUAGGGCAAACGAGUGGAUGGAACGGCCGGUAUUUCGUUGACGAGCAGGGUCACGUCUUGUGAAGGCUGGAAAGUUCGUGCCGGAUCUGCAGACGCUCGCAUGUGCCAACUCUCUCUCUCUCUCUCUCGCAGUUGGUUGAAGCCUGCAAGCGGUUGGUGACACUGGAUCGUCGUUGGUUGGAGCCACAACCACUGCGACUCCCUCCGUAACAGAAAACCCUCACUGCGGCGUCUCUUGAUUGUAUGGUUUGGUCACCGAA